AUGGCAUCAAUGAAGUUUGAUCUACCGCUGCUGGAUUACAAGACGAGAUUUACACUGUGGCAAGUCAAGAUGUGGGCGAUUCUGGCACAAUCUUCGGAUCUUGAUGAGGCGCUGGACGGUUUCAGAGGAAAAGGGCAGAAGUCAUGGACCGCUGAAGAGAAGCGGGAGGAUCGUGAAAACUGCCGCAGAACUUUGGCUCAAGCUGGAAUCGAUCUGCAUGUCAAGGAUCUAACCAGUAAGAUGCACGUGAAGAUGAAGUUGUUCACGCACAAGCUGCAAGAAGCUGGUUCAGUGAUGAACCACUUAUCGAUCUUUAAGGAGAUCUUUGCCGACCUAGUGUCGAUGGAGGUAAAAUAUGAUGAUGAAGAUUUAGCUCUUCUACUGUUAUGCUCACUGCCUACUUUGUUUGCAAAUUUCCGAGAUACCAUACUAUUAAGCCGUGAUGAACUAACCCUUGCGGAAGUAUAUGAGGCCCUCCAGACGAGGGAGAAGAUGAAAGGUAUGGUUCAGUCUGAUGUGUCGUCCUCCAAGGGCGAAGUGUUGCAGGUUAGAGGCAGGCCCGAGCAGAAAACCUACAACAACAACAAUAAUCGAGAUAAGAGCAAGAACGGUAAAGACCGUUCUAAGUCCAGAGGCAGGGAUAAGUUCUAUAGGUAUUGUAAGAAAGAUACUCAUGUCAUUGAGGAUUGUUGGAAGCUGCAGAAUAAGGAGAAAAGAAACGGAGAUGUUCUGUUUAUUUUUGCUGGUUGUGUUGCUGGUCGUGAUGAAUGGAUACUUGAUUCUGUAUGCUCGUUUCAUAUAUGCUCUAACAGAGAUUGGUUCAGUUCUUACAAGUCUGUGCAGAGUGGAGAUGUCGUGCGUAUGAGAGAUAACAACCCACGUGAGAUCGUGGGCAUUGGCUCUGUUCAGAUCAAGAUGCAUGAUGGCAUGAUACGCACACUGAAAGAUAUGAGACACAUACCAGGGAUGCCCAGAAAUCUCAUCUCCCUCAGCACACUUGAUGACGAGGGGUACAGACACUCCGGUUCAGGUGGAGUGUGUAAGGUAUCAAAAGGCUCUCUCAUUCAUAUGAUAGGUGAUAUGAAUUCUGCAAAGUUAUAUGUUCUUAGAAGAAGUACUUUACAUGGUUCCGUCACUGCUGCUACUGUUUCUAAUGAUGAAUCAAGUAAAACUAAUCUCUGGCAUAUGCAUCUUGGGCAUAUGAGUGAACUUGGUAUGGCAGAAUUGAUCAAGAGAGACCUGCUGGAUGGCUGCACUGUGGGUAAGAUGAAGUUCUGUGAGCACUGUGUUUUUGGUAAGCACAAGAGGUUAAAGGAUAUAAGUUAUGGAAUCCUGAAACUAAAAAAGACUUUCAUAAGCAGGAACGUUGUUUUCAAUGAAUCUGUUAUGUUUAAUGACAGCUUGUCCAUAGAUGUUUCACCAGUUGGUUCUGAUGAGGAGCAGGAACAUGUUAGCGUGCAGGUGGAGCACAUAGAUGAUCAGGAAACUGAAAUUGUUGAUAACAAUGUUCAUGAUAUUGUUCAGCACUCACCUCCUGUUUUGCAGCCUCAAAAUCAAUCUAUUGCAGAACACAGAACAAAGAGGAGUUGUGGACCUCGUCCACGUUUAAUUGAGAAAUGUGAUAUUGUUUAUUAUGCCUUUAGUUGUGCUGAACAGGUUGAGAACAUUCAUGAGCCGGCUACGUACACUGAAGUUGUUGUUUCUGGUGACCGCGAGAAGUGGAUUUCCGCUAUGCAAGAAGAGAUGCAAUCACUUGAGAAAAAUGGCACAUCUUUACAAUGUGCUAGUACGGAUGAGGAUUUUGAGUACAUGUCAAGAGUUCCAUAUUCUAGUGUUGUUGGUUCUUUGAUGUAUGCCAUGGUUUGCUCUCGUCCUGAUUUAUUAUAUGCUAUGAGUUUAGUUAGUAGAUACAUGACUAAUCCUAGUAAAGAACAUUGGAAGGCUAUUCAGUAG